CAAAUAGAAGUUCCAAGAAAAUAAAAUUAACACAGUUGAGGUUAACAAAUUCUUCAGUGUAUAUUUCAAGUUGCCCGCUCUUAAACCCGCCGUUCUCUACCGCCUCCCACCUUCCACCCCUCUCUCCCUAAACUUGCUUUGUCUUCUGUAAACCUUCAAAGAAUUAAUUGAUGGGUUCGUCCAAUAUCAGAGACAUCUUAACUUGUUUUAGCCCUUCACUUGAUUUCUUUGCCAUUACUUCCGGUGAUGGUAGGAUUAAGAUAUGGGAUACAGUGAAAGGGCAGCUUCAGACUGAAUUUUCUGAUAUUGCAUUAACCGGUGAGACGAAUUUGUUUGAUAAGCCAGAGAAAAGAGGACAUCUUUCAAUUGAUUACACUUGUAUGAAGUGGGUAUCUUUUGAUAGAAAGAAGAAAAGAAAGUUGGGUACUUCAUUGUUAGUGUUGGGAACAGGUAGUGGCGAUGUCAUGGCUUUGGAUGUUUCGGCCGGUCAAUUGAAGUGGAGAAUUAAUGAUUGUCAUCCUGGGGGUGUCACUGCUAUCACAUUUGCUUCACGAGGUUCUUGCAUAUUUACUUCUGGUGCUGAUGGAAUGGUUUGUGAAGUUGAUCCAGUUACUGGAAACUUGUUAAGUACUUUCAAAGCUUCAACUAAAGCGGUGUCCAGCAUGUGUGUUUCACCCGAUGGGAAAACAAUAGCCACUGCAGCUUCUCAAAUGAAGAUAUUUAAUUCAGAUCACAAGAAGAUUCAGAAGUGUACUGGUCAUCCUGGUGCUGUCCGUUGUAUGACGUUGAGUGAAGAUGGAAAGUAUGUCUUCUCAUCUGCUGUGGGGGAGAGAUAUGUUGCAGUUUGGAGAGUAGAUGGGAGCAAGAAGAAAUCUGCAAGUUGUGUUCUUGCAAUGGAACAUCCUUCUGUUUAUCUCGACUGUAGAUACAUGGACAACAGUGCUGCAAAUGUUGCAGGUUUCUAUAUCUUGUCCAUUUCAGAGGUGGGCGUGUGCUACUUCUGGUAUGGGAAAGAUAUUGAGGAGUUACAGAGGGCAAAACCUACCAGGAUUUCUUUACUCAUUGAGAAUUCCUAUGACAAAAACAACAAAGCUACUUCAGCUGCCAUAUAUGCUGCGAAAAUUCAAAGCUCAGCUGAGCCCUCCGUAACAUCCGUGUUUCUUGCUCAUGGUUUCUUGAUCAAACCAUCGUUCGAGAAAAUUCUGGUUCAUCAUGGGGAGGAUUCACAGAUAAAUAUUUCUAGGAAUGGGUUGCUUCUGCCAUUUAGCCACCCUCGCCAAACUAAGAAACAACUGGAGGUACAAACUGGUGCAACAGCGCUAGAUCGUGCCAAUGCAGAAGGAGCAUUGCUUCCGGUGCCAAAGGUUUUUGAUCACGACAGAACAAAGCAGGCUCAAAUUUUCAUACCUGACUAUAAUGAGGCAGUAGCCACUGACAUGAGAGAUGAUGUUGAUGUCCCUGGACUUGAUGCUAUGUCAUGCCCUAUGGAGAAUCGACUUAAAUCACUUGGAAUAAUUAGUGAUUUGGAUGGUACUACAUCCAAAUCAAUGAAAACUUCCAGCUUACUAAAGGAUAUUAAUCUUGAAACUCUGGUGCCCCUGAAGAAGAUGAGGGCAGCAAUCUUGUCUAUACCCCCUAGCAGUGCAUUCAAGAUAUUAAAUAUAUUGGUUGACAUAUGGCAGUCGAGAGUUUGCAGUGGAAAAUACGUUCUUCCAUGGAUUUAUAGUAUAUUGGUGCAUCAUGGUCAUCAGAUCUUGUCUCAGGAACCCGAGAAUGUUACAAUUCAAUCUUUAUAUAAGGUUGCUAAAUCAAAGGGGUCAGCUACCCAGUGUUUGUUGCAGUUAUCUGGUCGUUUACAGCUUGUGACUGCGCAGAUUGACAAAGGUACCCAGUUGAAGAGUCAGCCUCCGCUAUCUGAUAAUGAUUUAGUUGAAAGUGAAGAUGAAGAUGAAGGCAUCGAUGAAGUAUUUUUUGGUCAAGAAGAUGAUGAAUCCGCAACUAGUAGUGAUGACAAUGACGAUUAGUUGAUGAGCACAAUGCAUGUUAAUAUCAGUGGACGACCUGAUUUGUUUACAAUCUAUGUUCCUUCCUGAUGGCUAGAUCUGGCUUCUCCUUCAUCUGGUUACCAUGAUCUCUACGAAUCUUGUUACAUGUCAACAGAGCUGUAUGUCGCUUUCUAUCAUUGCGCAGCUGCCAAUUUUUGCGUCCAAUAUCUUUUCCAUUGUAUGAAAAUUAGAAUUCUCGGUGUAAAAAUUUUGUUACAUUAUUUAACAUAUAUAUCAUCCUUACGAUAUCAUCUAUCCAGUAUCUGCAUAAUAUAUUUUCUUGUUCUA